CGGGGCGGUGUGGAGAAACCCGGCUCAGCCCUCCGGUCGGAUGCCUUUCGCCGUCUAGUGCGCGUGCGUGCUGACGUCAUCGGCAGAGUGGCGGGCUUUUCGCAAACGGUUGUCCGUUCAACGGCCGCCGCGCGAGACCAACCGUCACCCACAGAUCUUUGCUUUUGAAUUUCCAAAAUGGCAAUGCAAGCACGGUCAGAGGAGACUGCUGAAGUUGAAGAGGAAAGCUUUGGGCCGCAGGCAAUAUCUCGCCUGGAACAAGGUGGCAUCAGUGCUAAUGAUGUGAAGAAGCUGGAAGAGGCUGGUUACCAUACAGUGGAGGCAGUGGCGUAUGCUCCAAAGAAGGAACUGCUCAACAUAAAAGGCAUCAGUGAAGCCAAAGCAGAAAAGAUAUUGGCUGAAGCAGCUAAACUAGUGCCAAUGGGUUUCACCACAGCCACAGAGUUCCACCAGAGGCGUUCAGAAAUAAUCCAAAUCACGACUGGGUCAAAAGAACUUGACAAGCUCCUGCAAGGUGGAAUUGAAACUGGUUCAAUCACUGAGAUGUUUGGGGAGUUUCGCACCGGAAAGACACAGCUCUGUCAUACACUGGCAGCGACAUGUCAGUUACCCAUUGACCGUGGUGGUGGAGAGGGAAAAGCUAUGUAUAUUGAUACUGAAGGCACAUUUCGUCCAGAGCGCCUGCUUGCUGUUGCUGAGAGGUAUAACCUCUCAGGAAGUGAUGUUUUGGACAAUGUUGCAUACGCACGAGCUUUCAACACAGAUCAUCAAACCCAGCUGCUAUACCAAGCUUCUGCUAUGAUGACAGAAUCCAGGUAUGCCUUGUUAAUUGUGGACAGUGCCACAGCUCUGUACAGGACCGAUUACUCUGGGAGAGGAGAGCUUUCAGCUCGGCAGAUGCACCUUGCCCGGUUUCUCCGCAUGUUAUUGCGACUGGCAGAUGAGUUUGGGGUAGCUGUGGUAAUAACUAACCAAGUUGUGGCCCAGGUUGAUGGAGCAGCAAUGUUUGCAGCUGAUCCAAAGAAGCCAAUUGGUGGAAACAUAAUUGCCCAUGCUUCUACAACAAGACUGUCCCUAAGGAAAGGCCGAGGUGAAACACGAAUCUGUAAGAUAUAUGAUUCCCCCUGCCUACCGGAGGCAGAGGCUAUGUUUGCAAUCAACGCUGAUGGAGUCGGUGAUGCCAAGGACUAAGUAUGAAUGACUCCUUGUAUGAGACUACAGAUAGCUAACAAACUUCCUGAUCCUUAUUGCCAUGGUGCAGCCUUCACAUGAAACUCACAAUGUAUGGCUAUGGCACUGCAGGAGAUUUCACCUUAGAAAAUAUGAAGCUGGGCUAAAUUGGUAUCUGAUGUGGGCUGGCUGGUCUAACAAUAAAUUGGGACCAUAAUGAGAAUGACUUGUACAGUGCCUCCUCACUUGAUCCCAGGGGUAUUGUUUUGUGGUGGGGUGGUUGGGGGCGGGGGGGGUUUAACAGUUACCAAAACGAGAUUCAUUCAGUGAGUCUCUGCUAUUUCUAGGUUGAAUAACUGCAAUUUCUAUGGCAAUACUUUGAGGCUUAAUUGGUUAACACCUUACCAAAUGGAAUGUUUAAAGUAUCUUCGUGGGCACUGGCAAUGCAACCAAGGCUAUGAAUGCUCUGGCUCUGAGUGAUACAAUUGGAAAAACACACCUUGGGGUGUGUGGAGAAGGAGAAAAGAUAAAGCUAUAUGAACUCAGACAACAUUGGCUCACAUGCCUCCGUUAGUAGUAGGUCACUGAAUCUUUGCACACAAACAACAAUACUAAGUUUAUAAGUGAGAUCCUGAACAAGGAGAAUUAUUUUAAAAAUCUCUCUAUUCUUUUGGGGAAUUUGUAAUUUCCUAAUGAUUAAUAAAGGUCUACUGAAGUGUAUACUGGGUAUUUUGGAUAAUUUUCAUAAAAUGGAGCGUAAAAAUAAAAAAGUUGAAUAUUG